AUGCACCCAUCUGCCCAAGCCAAUAACCACCAACACGCUCCACAGCCAUACCAGCAGAUGUCGCACUACAAUGCCCAGCAAAUGCACCAACAACAAUUGCACCAUCAAUUAAUGACCCCAAACCCAUACCAACAACAUUUCCAACAACAAAUGCACCCUCAAUUACACCAUGAGGAUCAUUUGAAUAUGCAUUUCAACCCUAUGUCUUUUCAACAACAGCAGCAGCAGCAACAGGCGCAACAACAUUUGCACCAUUUCGGCCACCAAAUUCCUACUUCUGCUCAACAACAAGGUCCAGCUCCUCAGCAACCACAUUUGCAUCAACAAAUUCCUCAUCCAUUGUCACACCAUCAAACCCCACAACCAACACCACAACCUUUGGUUCAACAACAACAGCAACAACAACAACAACUGCCUCAACCUGCAAGACAACCACGUCAAACAAAGAAACAAAAACAGCAGCAACAGCAACAACAACAAGCUAACCAAGACCGAGCCGACGCUCACUCGCAAGCCCAACAACAUCAUAUGGCAAUGUUGGCUCGUGCUAACCAAAACGAUAUGUUGGAAUCGUCUACCAGAAAAGUCGCUCCCAGAUCAAGCGACUUGUUCCGUGUUGGGCCGCCAUUCUCUAUCACCAAGCAGCACCAGCCAGUUUAUUGUGUGGGAACCGAUAUGCCAGUGACACCAUUAUUGCAUGCCCGUAUUGAUAGAGGGUUCGAAAUGGGAGAAACCGGUUCCUGGAUUGGGUACAAACGUAACUAUUUUACUUUGGUUGCAUCGUUUACAUUGCAAGACUUUGAUUUUGAAAAGUUUAUUGGCAACAAGUUUUACACAUACGACAAGAUCAAUAACAAGGUAAAUGGGUUCCCACCCCAUCACCCAAGCCACCCUCAAAACCAACCACAAAACCACCCAAACCACCCCCACCACAACCAACACGCGGGUGAAGUGAGGGUUCCCAUUACUUACUUUGCCAUUAGGUUAGUGGCAAAAUGCUCUGAUGAAGAUGUUGCCAUUUCAUUAAUCCAACACACUGCUAAAAGAGAUAAAGGCCCACAGUUCCCACCACCAAUCUACCCAGCAGUUCCAUCCGAUUUGCCUGAUCAUGAAACCGUAAAAGUAAGUUGUAAUAAACGUAACAACAACAAGAUCGAAACCAUGAACAAAAUCUUUUAUUUCGAUAGAGGAAACUACUACCAAGAAUACAAUUUGGAUAGCUACAAGGACCAAUCGAUAUUGAAAAGCUACCCAAGCCAAUCCAUUUCCAAAGUGGCUAGAUUUGAAAGAAUUCAAUUUACCAGCUCUAUCAGAGUUAAAAGCACCAACACAGCUGCUAGAUACUUUACCUUGCAUGUUGAAUUAUUGGGUAUAAUCGAGGAUGAAGACUUACAGAUUCAACCAAUCUUAUUAAGCUCAAUUGAGUCACCACCUUUGAUCGUCAGAGGUAGAUCUCCUUCAAGUUACCACAAGGAUAGAACUUCUGGUUAUAGGGCUACAAACACUCCUACACCUACACCUCCACAAUAA